AGCAACGCCAGGACCAACAGCACUCGCUUUGCCAUGGCGCUACACUGAAUGCCCUCGAGAUACAGAUAGACGGGGCCGACGGAGAUGGCCAUGGCGCAAUCACACGGGUUCGCUACAUGUUCGGCAUCCGUACCUAGUGACUGGACAGCCUUCAGUGACAAACAUAAAGAGGGUGCGAGGUCAAACAGUAUCAGCUUACCCUGUGCCUUCAAGUCGUCAAGUUACACAUAUUUACUCAAGAUGCGCGUGCAGUUUGCGUUCCUGACGGUGGCGGUCCUGCUGACUCCGUCCUCCGCCCUCUUCGACCUCCUCAUCAAGAAGCCCGCCAAGGUCUUCGGCGCCGGAGCCUACAAGAACACGGGCUAUACUGGCAGCCCCGGCUACGACGGCUUCUACGGCACCAGCGGCCACCUGGGUUCUUCGAGUGACGCGGGCGUGCUCGGGGGAGGCGCCUCGGCGGGCAUCACCUUCGGCGGCAGCGUCGGGGGGAGCAUCGGGGGCGGCUUCGGGAACGGCUUCGGAGGCGUUGGUGCCUCUGGCGGGAACUUCGGCGGCGCCACUGGCGGGAACUUCGGCGGCGCCUCUGGCGGGAACUUCGGCGGCGCUACUGGCGGGAACUUCGGCGGCGCCUCUGGCGGGAACUUCGGAGGUGUCUCUGGCGGGAACUUCGGAGGUGUCUCUGGCGGGAACUUCGGAGGUGUCUCUGGAGGCAAUUUUGGAACUGUGGGAGGUGGUCUGAACGCCGCUUCCGGAGGUGUCUCUGGAGGCAAUUUUGGAACUGUCGGAGGUGGUCUUAACGCCGCUUCCGGAGGUGUCUCUGGAGGCAAUUUUGGAACUGUCGGAGGUGGUCUGAACGCCGCUUCCGGAGGUUUCUCAAGCGGCGCCGGUGUGGCUGCUGGCUCGGCGGGAAACAUCUUUAACUUUGGUGGGAACGGGGGUGCUGGAGGCGCCGGUGUAGUGGCUGGGGGCGUCAGCGGCGCUGCCUUAUGUCCAGCAGUGACGAGGCCAGCCAUCACUGAAGUAACACUGACGCAGUUCUCGACCGAGUACGUGACGGUUCCCCAGCCCAUCACGUCAGUCGUGUUCAACACGGUCCCCUUCCACAAGACCCUUUUCGUCACCGCCACGACCCUCACGACCGUCAUCGAGCCCGCUCAGACCGGCUUCUGCACCACCACUCAGGUCGUGUACAGCACCGAGGCCGUGAAGCAGGCCAAGAUUGUGACCGUGACUAACCCUCAGACUGUGACCAACGUCGUGCAGGACACCAAGACCGUCACCAACACCUUGACCCGCACCGACCUAACCACGCUCGUCCGCACGCAGACGCAACAGGUGUGGGAGACCGUCACCUCUACCCACUACACGACCCACACCGUCGCCACCUGGCAGUACGUUACGGACACCGUCACAGCCACCUACGACGUCUGGACCAAGACCAUCAAGCCCGUCGCUCAGGCCAUCUGGGUAUCUACAACCGAACUGGUAUGGAACCCGAUCACAGUUACUACAACCAUGAGCAAGACCGCUUACAAGACUGUAUGGCAACAAUGUGGCGGAUACUAAGACGAGAUAUUUAAACACUAGCCGAGAGAAGCAGACAUGACUAGGGCUUGGCGGCUCCUUCUUCGCGUCUCCUGCUCCCGGAACAUCUUUUCUUAGACUUUCAAGACUCUGAGUCGUCCUCGAUCACACGGCCUCUCUCCUCCUGCUGGGGGGCGGCUGUCUGGCCCCGACUUGAAGUGUUGAGUGUAGUGAAUAUAGUUGCUUGUGCAAAAUAUUAAUUUAAGGUUCAUGGAGGUUAAUAAGUAAACCGGACUGACUGUAGGAUGUUUUAGGUUUUCUUCUCCACAGGAGAUAAAAAAGUUUAACCUUGAAGAUAUGUUAGAAAGUCAGUCACUUUGUUCAAUUUCAUUUCUUCAUUUAUUGAUAAAUGUUGUGGUGAACAUGGCCCAGUAACAUGUUUAUUUCUGUUCUUUACUUUAUGAAUAUGUACAACUUGUAAAUAUUAUAAACAACUACGCUUUCUGAAAAUGUAUAUAUACACACACAAAUAAAUAUAAGUAUCACAACCUAAUAUUUAUCUCGCCUUCCUUAAUUAAAAUCAAGAAAAUCAUUUUAUUUACUAGAAAAUUAAGAGUUCAAUAAAGAAAACAAUCAUUUAUAUCAUAUUUUGUAUCAUACAGUAGUUUGACUGUGUAACAUCCUUACUUCAUUCACUGGAAAAUUAGCAUUGCAAUUUACUGUGUAAUGUUUACUUUUAAUUAGAUAUUAAUAUUAUCAGGUGCAGUAUCGAAAUGUUCUGGACAAAACACACUGGUUAAUGCUAAUACAACCAACUAAAUUUUUAAAACAAAAUAUACAUGAAGUAUGUGCCAACCAUGCAAAUCUAUCUGUAAAAUGUAUAAUGUGCAAUUUCUAUUUUUGUUUCUUAUAUUCCAAUAGUUAUGAACUUCAACAUCUUUCCUAGCCUUACAUUUUUAUUUUUAUUUAUGUGUAUUUUGUCUAGGAACAUGGGACUCUGUUCUAUCAAUCUGUAGAAGGAAAAGUAUAAGUUCUGGAUUAGCCAUUAGGCAGUGUGCAAUUGUACUAAGGGAACCAAAGGAGGUACAAUACCAUAGCUGUAGGCAUCGCAUUUCAGAGAAUGACAGAUUCAUAAAAACACAUAUUUUCUGAGCAGUGAUUUUUUUAUCAUUUGUACUUCAAUUCUUCACAUUCAACUUUGGGAUCUUGUCCCACAACAUCAUCUACCAUCUGAGUUACACUGGAAGACACCAUUGGAAGAGCAGAAGAAGCCCUGUUAAAAGGGCCUAGAGCAUACUAU